AUGUCGACGGGAACCCGGUUAUGGAGACAGUGUUCUCGAAAUAUCCCCUCAUUACAGGCUAGAGUCCCCCAAAGCAGCGUUGUCGCUGCUACACUACGACGAAGAUACAGCUCCGUCUCCGCCGCAGAGCUCCAGUUUGGCCAACCAUUGCACGAAACGCACCCUCACCUAUUAAAAGCUGGAGAACUAACCCCAGGCAUCACGGCACUCGAAUAUGACCACCGCCGCUCGAAGCUUGCCUCCAAGCUACCCAAGAAUGCCGUCGCUAUCGUUCGCGCUGCAGACUUGAAGUAUAAGUCGAAGAAUGUGUUUUACAAAUAUCAUCAAGAUACCGAUUUCUUUUAUUUGACUGGAUUCAAUGAGCCUGGAGCUCUAGCUAUUAUAGCAAAUACCGGCCAACCGGGCGAGCAUACUUUCUACCUCUACGUUCGGGAAAAAGACACGCAAGCAGAGCUAUGGGAGGGAGCAAGGUCAGGAACACAGGCCGCCAUGGAUGUAUUCAACGCCGAUGAGUCUGGCGACAUCGACCAUCUAAAAGACUACCUACCGGACAUCCUGUCUAGCGCAUCAGAGAUAUACACUGACAUCAGCGCUGGACGAGGCCGCUCGGCUUUUUCCCGCUUCAUAUCCAGUUUCUCUGACUCCGCGAGUUUAGCUAGUGACGCAAGAGAAGAAGCCAUGGAAAAGAUCAGGCCGUUGUCUCCAAUAAUUAACGAACUCCGCGUAUUUAAGAGUGAUGCUGAAAUCGCGAAUAUGAGACAUGCAGGACGUGUGACUGGUCGAGCAUUUACCGAAUCUAUGCGCCAUGGUUUUGGCACUGAGAGUGAACUUGAUGCCUUUUUGGAGUACCAGUUUCGUCGUCAGGGCGGCGAUGGAACGGCGUUUGUGCCUGUUGUUGCUGGUGGAUCGAAUGCGUUGAGUAUACAUUAUGUUCGGAAUGAUAAUGUUUUACGGUACGUGCCUUGGCUGCUUGGUGUGAGACAUGCUGACUUUUGA